AUGGGACGAGCACAAGAAAGGGAGCAGGAUGAGGGUGAAGGCGAUAACGGGAUGACAGCGACGACACCAACAGCCAUGAUGUGCCAAUGGCAUGUAGUAUCUGGUGGCGGCUCGCUCGCCCGCACCUUCCACCACUCUCCUCCGACGUCUCUUUGCCCAGACCCCAUCCACCUGCUCUUGCAUCCCCUACUGCCCCCAGGCUCUACCAUCGCAGACUGCGACGGCACGUCAUUUGACGGCGCAUGUCGUUUCUGCGACGCCACAGCCUCCACAAAUGUGCCACUGUACGGGUUUUUUGAACCUGCCGACCCUCGUGAAACCCUUACCCGUCGAGGCGGGAGUGAGUUUCUAUCCAGCACUCAGUUCGCCGUCACCAUAAGAUAUUCCCUGCAGAGAGACUUCUGA